AUGUUUGUGCAAAAGAAAUCUACUAUUUUGCGUCUCCCGUACCAGGAAGAGUGUUGCAAGACUCUCCACGAAGCCAACGAAUAUCCCCACGACAAAUACAUCAAAUAUGUGAUACAACUCCAGUUUAUUGCAGAAAAAAUCGAUGAUCUAUCUGCAAAGCAUGGACUUGACUCGGAAAUUUCUGGAUCGGGGUCAGAGCUCUACAUCACCAAUCUGAAGUUGGAUCUGGAGGCAUUUUACCAGCAUCUACCCUUCGAUAUCAACGAAAGCAUUCUUCUCGCGAUACAAUACCACGCAACGGGACUUUGUCUAUACCAAAUAGCUCUCAACCUCACCAACCAAGAGCCUCAAUCAUCCUUUGGGUCUAAGUCCUGGAGAGAUGAACUGUCGCUCUCGGCAUUUAUCUCAGCCAACUCGAUUAUCAAUCUGUACAUCCAACUUCCAUCCAAUGAGGAGGUCGGAUUCAACAACACGCAAUGGGUACAGAUAGCAUUUGCCUUGCUAGUAUCCUAUAGAUACAUUGUGGCAACCCCCAAGCCUGAUCAAACUGCUGCCUUCCUAAAGACCCUGUCUAAACUGAGAUCAAGGGUUCGGGCUUUGUCGACUUCUGAUAUAGACAUGAACGGCGCUCGAGAUGCUUUCUUCGACUUUAUGAACCGGAUCGUUCGAAUUGAGAACUGGCUCAGGGAACAAGGUAUACAAGAAGAUGAGUCCCACAGCGAUGAGAGCUUUGAAGACUUUCAGCAGACACUAUGCUUAGAGCCGACACAGUUUGACGGGUCCACGGGGGCUGCAGCGCAUCUUGAUAUCCCCUUCGGGAAUGAGUUUUCAUCUUCGGCGGACGACUUUCAAAUUCCCCCAGAUUUUCUCUUUGCUUUUUCUUUUGAGCAGAUUCUGGGUGAACAGGUGUGA